GUGGACGGCGAGUCCUCAACGUCAGCUUAAAAGUUGCGAGGUCUCCAUACUUCUUUGACGUUAGGCUUCGGUCGCAGUAAAACACACCCAUUGGAAGCUCAAACAACAUGACCAGCAGUCCCUUAACACUUAAUAGUUACUGUUCAGACGAGCGAACGACAAGGUUUACGUGAAAUCGGUCUAACUACUAGUGUUUUUGAAGUUUUUAGAGAAAGUGCUCACCGGUUCGGCAGUCGCCAUUUUACAAAUCUGUGUUGGGAAAGUUACAGUUGAUUGGAGCAGACGGAGCAGCGUGACCGAUCGCUGCAGACAUGCGCGUUGUGCGGCAUCUGGCUGGCUGCCUCGACACUAGGAGUCCAGGACUCCACCCCUCUAACAGACAGACCGAGGCAUGGCGAGCAUAGAAGAGAGAAGAGAGUGCGAGACGGAAUGCUGCAGCAAAGACGCCAAACUUCAGUGUCCCACGUGUAUCAAACUUGGCAUUCAAGGCUCCUAUUUCUGUUCCCAGGAAUGUUUCAAAGGGAGCUGGGCAUCUCACAAGUUGCUGCACAAAAAAGCAAAGGAGGACAAGCACCAGAAUGAAUGUAAGAACUGUGUGGAGAAAGACGUCAACACAGAUCCAUGGCCUGGCUACCGGUACACAGGGAAACUUCGCCCUUACUAUCCAUUGACACCUUUGCGGCCUGUACCCAGUGAAAUCCAAAGACCUGACUAUGCUGACCAUCCUAGAGGGAUGUCUGAAUCUGAGCAGUUUCUGAAGGGAUCAUCACAGAUCAAGAUCCUCCCUCCUGAGGACAUUGAAGCCAUGAGAGUGGUCUGCAAGCUGGCACGAGAAGUUCUGGAUAUCGCGGCUUUAAUGGUGAAACCCGGCGUUACAACAGAAGAAAUUGACCAUGCAGUACAUCUGGCUUGUAAUUCAAGGAACUGCUACCCUUCUCCUCUCAACUAUUAUAAUUUCCCCAAAUCCUGCUGCACAUCCGUCAACGAAGUUAUCUGCCAUGGAAUCCCAGACAGAAGACCGCUACAAGAUGGUGAUAUUCUUAAUGUGGACAUUACUGUCUACCACAAUGGUUUCCAUGGUGACCUCAAUGAGACCUUUUAUGUUGGAGAUGUGGAUGAAGGAGGAAAGAAACUAGUUCAGACUACAUAUGAAUGCCUUAUGCAAGCUAUUGACUCUGUGAAGCCUGGCAUCCGGUACAGAGAGCUUGGUAACAUAAUCCAGAAGCAUGCUCAGGCUAAUGGCUUCUCUGUGGUGCGGAGCUACUGCGGCCAUGGCAUCCACAGGCUUUUCCACACCGCUCCAAAUGUGCCGCAUUAUGCCAAAAACAAAGCCGUUGGUGUUAUGAAGCCAGGUCAUGUGUUUACCAUUGAACCCAUGAUAUGUGAAGGUGGCUGGCAAGAUGAGACCUGGCCCGACGGUUGGACAGCAGUCACUAGGGACGGGAAGCGCUCUGCCCAGUUUGAACACACACUUCUGGUCACGGAAACAGGCUGCGAGAUCCUUACCCGCCGCCUUGAAGACAAUGGUCAGGCUCAUUUUCUGAGCCAAGUGUAGACCGGACUGGUACGCACGCACUGAGGACUGGACUAAGCGGACGUGGUGACAUCCAGCAUUCUGGGUUUCAUGUACGCGUUCACACAUGUUCAAACAAAAGAAUACUGUUUCUGGAGUUUACAUUUACUGUGGCUCUCGUUUCUUUCAAUUAAAUAUCAGCCCUCAAAUUAAA